AUGUCGGCCCCAAUGCGCCCAAAGCUCUUCAACCGCACCGACUCGGAUAGCACCGAGGCCCCCGAGCACAGCGAUGCCGACACCGCUAGAAGCGUGUGCUCCUCUGCAUCUCCUUCGCCGCGGGCCCAUGUCCGCAGCGAGGGCGCAUGCAACGUGGUGGUAAGGUCCACGUUCCUCGAUGUUGCAGAGGACGAGGGUCUCAUGGGGUGCUUCCGGCAGCUACGCGGCCGAACGAUGUCGGACUCGGCGCUGGUGGUUGCGUUUGGCGGUGAGGAAGCUUACAUUCCCGGGAAGUUCAGCAAGGAGCAUGCCUCGCCUCUGAUUGUGAGUCAAGCGCCCAAGGAUGAUUGCAGAGUGCAGCCUAUGGCUGUGCAGCCUAAAGCAAAGCCCUCCCACAAGAAGAAGACCCAACUGGCCAAACAGGUGGAUAGAACCACGGUCAUGUUGCGGAACCUGCCCAAUAAUUACACGCGCGAGAUGUUCCUCGCCCUGCUCGACAACCAGGGCUUUGCCGGGCGCUACGAUUUUGUCUACCUGCCCUGCGACUUCCGGCGCCAGGCCAACUUGGGUUAUGCUUUUGUGAACCUCGUGGAUGCCUCUGCCGUGGAUGCUGCCUGGGCUACCUUUGAUGGCUUCGCCAGCUGGUCGCUGCCCAGCCACAAGGUAUGCCAAGUAAAGUGGAGCGGACCGCACCAAGGAUUUGAGGCCCAUGUUGAAAGAUUUCGAAACAGCCCCGUGAUGCACAAAAGCGUGCCGGCCGAGUACAAACCCGUUAUCUUCAAGGACGGUGUGCGCAAGAACUUCCCCAAGCCAACCAAGAAGAUCAAGGCCCCUAGCAUGGCCGCCUAA